AUGUCUUCCUCACAGCGAAGUGAGAGUAUGAAUGCAUACUUCGAUGGGUAUGUACAUAGCAAAACAUCACUUAAAUCAUUUGUAGAGCAGUAUGAAAUGGCAUUGGGUGACAAAAUUGAGAAGGAAAUAUUCGCUGAUGCUCAAUGCAUGAAUGCAGAUAUUCAAUAUUUAGCAAUUGAAGAUAGUCUUGUAUUUGAAUACAAGGUGACCGAAAGAAAUGAUAUAGGUGGAGGAAAAGUGAUAAUGAAGGAUUACAAGGUAUUAUUUGAUAGUUCUACCAUGGAGGUUAAUUGCAUAUGUAGAUUGUUUGAUUGGAAGGGAUUUUUAUGUAGACAUGCUUUUAAGGUUCUAUUCAAGAGAAACUUGACACUAGUACAUGAAAGGUACAUAUUAAGACGAUGGAGGAAAGAUGUCGAAAGGGAACACAGUAACAUCAAACUUCUUGGAAUUGGAGGUAAAUGGACAAGCGAGAUGGAGAGAUCAAAGCGUAUAGAGAGUAAAUUCUAUUCCAUCAUUGAUAAUGUGAUUGACUCAAUUCAAAAGUGUCACUAUGUAGAAAAUGUGAUAGAGAAUAUAUCAAAAGAUUUAUUAGAUGGUACAUGGAUAAAAUAUCUAAGCGGAGAAAUAGUAGAUAAUCAAGAUACUCCCAAUGUUGACAAGGAUGUACUUAACUCAUUGUUAGCUUCUCCAUCCUCAAAUGAAGAAGGCGGUUUUAGAGCAGAACCACCUGUAACAUUGGGUAGAAAAUCAAUGAAAAAGAGAGCCAAGAAAAACAAUUCAACGCUCCAUAAUACGCCCACACAUGAGAAGGGUCAGAAGUCAGCGAGAAAGGGAGAGCUCGGAAAGGGAAACUCUGAUAUGAUCCCAUCACGAGAAAUAGCUGUAGUUGAUGGUAAUUGGUAUGAAAGUGAGCUUUCAGCAUCAGAUUGGAAAUCUUCUGAUGAAACAGUUGUGGUAUUGUCAGAGGAAGAAUGGGCUUCAUAA